CCCACAUCAAAUUGUAUCUUAAACAAAAAAAGAGGAGAAUAUCAAACUUGUCUGCUUAGUAAAAACUUCAAGAGAAAUCUCUUGCUGCUAGAGCGGUUUUCCAUCGAGAGGGAAAUUGCUCUACCAUCAUUACAGUUUUUUUCUUGAACUUUCUUUAAUUGUUUUGAAAAAUCUGACUACCAUCAAAGUACGAAUUAAUUCCUUGUUUUGUUUACGUUUCCGAUUUCCAUUCAAUCUGGAACUGUAGCCAUGUUUUUUUCCAUCAUCCUGUUUUCUUUUGUCCUUCUUCGAAUCCCCUAUAAACCCAGCGGUUUUCGAUAUUCUACCAUUCAUGGUGUUUUUCUCUGCAUGUUUCUAGAGGCACCAGAAGCAUCAUUUUUUAGUUGAGUUUUCUUGUCCGGUUUAAAAUAUCAAAAAGGACAUGGCGGCGAAUCGCAAUCAGUGCACAUCUCCUCUACCAGGUGAGUGGAUGAAGGGCAAACUGGUUGGGUCUGGUUCUUAUGGCAGUGUUCAUUUGGCCAUGAACAAAACCACAGGAGCGCUUUUUGUUGUGAAAUCUGCGCAGUCAAGGGAUGGAGUUGAUGCUCUCGAGAAAGAGGUUAAGAUUCUCGAGAGUCUGAAUUCCCCAUACGUUGUUAAAUGUAUGGGGAGGGAAAAUGGUGAAGGGAAAUGCAUCAAUGUGUUCAUGGAGUAUAUGGCAGGGGGUAGUUUGUCAGAUGUGUCACAGAUAUUUGGCGGCGCAUUGGAGGAAGAGGUGGUUCGGUUGUACACCAGAGAAAUUGUUCACGGCCUCAAGUAUCUUCAUGAAAGUGGGAUUGUCCAUUGUGACCUCAAGGGCAAGAACGUGCUCUUGGGAUCCUCCGGGAAUGUCAAGUUGGCGGAUUUUGGUUUUGCGAAAAGGCUAAAGGACUCAAAGGUUGACGGGGCUUCGGUGCAGCAUUCUUUGCAAUGUAUUGGCGGAACUCCAUUGUGGAUGGCUCCUGAAGUUUUGAGAAACGAAGAGCUAGAUUUUGCUUCGGAUAUCUGGUCCUUGGGAUGCACGGUGAUUGAAAUGGCUACCGGGAGGCCUCCUUGGGGGAAUGAGAUUUGGAAUCCAGUUGCUGCUGUUUUGAAGAUUGCAUGUGGCAACGAGAAGCCUCAUUUCCCGCAAAAGCUCUCGGAUGAAGGAUUGGAUUUCUUAUCAAGGUGCUUGGAGAGAGACCCCAAAAGGAGGUGGUCUGCUAAGGAGUUGCUCAACCAUCCAUUUGUGUCCGGAAACUCAAUGCGAGUUUCAAGAAAGGGCGCAGCCUACUCACUGGCAAGCACAUUAGACAUUAGUCUUUAUGAAGAGGCUUCUGACUGUUCAGAUGAGGGAUUGAAGAUCCAUGAUCGCGAUGAGUUCCUCAGCAGCUCGAGUAGACAUCCUUUUUCAAGAAGGCAGCAUGUAUCUGAGAAUCACUUGGAGUCGUCAGGAAAUUGGAUUACUGUUAGGUAAAUGAUUACGAGAUCACAUUACCGCAGCAGAAGAAUAAAAACACAGUUUGUACAUGAUCAGAAAUUUGUGAAAAGAUGUAGAGACAGCUAGCCAGUAGAGAGAAAAAAAAACAGGUUUGUCUGUUUUUCCAAGUAGUUAUUUUUGUGGAGGUAUAUCCUCUCUUUGUUCGUACACUCAUAGAUUUGCAAGCAAAAUAUUCAGUUUAAUUUCAAUCACUCUUCAUA